AUGGCAUUCAACUAUGAUUCUAAGUAUGGUGAUGUUGAUAACGAAGGCAAUAAUUUAUCAUCAUCUGUAGAAUUCUUUCCAGAUAUGUCUCAAUUUUUAUCCGAUGAAGAUGUCCAUGCAGAUGGUGAUGAUGAUGAAAACGCGAUUCGUAGUGAUUGGGCAUUAAUGAAGAUUGGGACACUACAGUCGCGUCUCGAAGCAAUCCAAACUUCGCGCGAUUCCUUACGCUAUGGAAGUGGUAGGAGACGUGAAAAUCUUGUCGGCUUGUCAUCAAGUAUAUUUUAUAAAUUGGCCAAUGAAGUGUUUGGAUUCAAUGGAUGGUGUUCAAAUAUUCUUUCUUGUGAAAUGUUAGAUUGUAAUUUUAAUCAAGAAACAUCAACUUAUUCUGCUAAAUGUUUAGCACAUGUUAGAAUAAUACUAAAAGAUGGUACGUAUAGAGAUGAAUAUGGAAUGGGACAAGCUACCAAUUUACCAUCUAAACCGAUGUGUUAUAAUAAAUGUCGUAAACAAGCAAUUACUGAUGGUAAUAAAAAUGCAAUUCUAAGUCUACGAAAUUUAUGUCUUGAAUAUCAAUUACAAUAA